AUGGAUGAAGAUCCCGAACUCACAAGGAGUCAAGUUAUUGUGAUACCGGAGUCACCGGAACGGCCAGAAAAUAUCAAUCAACCGGAAAACUUACAGCCAAUAAAUGUUGACGAUAACGCUCUAAUCGAGGACGUUUUAGAGAUUAUACAGAAUAAUAAUCAGAAUUAUAACCCAGAUGUUGUUUUAGAGCAUUUAAACUCAGAUUUGCCACCAUCGCCAGUUUUAGCCUCGGCAGGAGUCAGUUUAUCUCGAACAGCCUCAAAUACUGAAGUGGAACAACAUUCAUCGCAGGCUCGGAUAUCAAAUGAAGAUCCUAUUUUAGUUAAUGAAGAAUCAAAUAGUUUAGCUUCUUGUCCAGAAAAUGAUGCUGAUGUUGACGAACCUCCGGCUAAAAUGAGGAAAAUUAGCUCACAAAAAGGAGAUGAAGGUGACGGGGAAACAUGCCCGAUAUGUUUAGAUACAUGGGGUAAUUCAGGAGAACAUAGACUGGUUGCGUUAAAGUGUGGGCACUUAUUCGGCUGGCAAUGUGUCGAGCGAUGGCUUAAAGCACAACCAACUAAAGAUAGAACAUGCCCGACUUGUAAAAGUAAAGCAACUUUGAAAGAUAUGAGAUUUAUUUAUGCGAGGAGAUUAGUCGCAGCGGAUACAUCACAGAUUACAGCGCUACAGAAGCAGAUAGAUGUACUUAAAUCUGAGAAUAGCAGGGCUGAAUUGGAGUUACUCAAGUCCAGGAUCGCUCAUCGAGCUUGUGUGUUACAGUUAGAAGUGCUCCGUAGUACACUGAUGAAGAGCCAAUCGGCUAAAGAUCAGCCUCCGCGACGAUCUUGGAGAUUCGCCCUCGAGAAGAAUCAAGAAGUCAGUAAAGACGGUGGCUGUAGAGUACUCACUUACAACUGCCGGACAUAUGAAUUGUAUGUAUCCCAAAAAAGCACUAAUAAUCUCUUCCCCGGAUACGGCAUAAGGAAAGUCAGUUGUAUAGACUAUAAAUUAGGGCAGUUCAUACAUUUACAUCCAAAACCUAUACGAGAUAUAACAUAUUCACAACCCAGGGACCUUUUACUAAGUGUAGGCUUGGAUAGUUCAGUCAGAAUCAUUGAACGAGGCAUCCCCAGUGCAUCCAUUCAAUGUGGAAUGCCCCUAUGGUCGUGUUCGUGGGACUAUUUGCGCAGUAACGAAUUCUGUGUAGGCGGAGUUGGGGGUGUGAUACAUCAGUAUGACGUGCGAAAUACAAGUGCUUCGAUACAGACUUUAAAUACUAAUGAUUUAUCACCGGUUGUCUCGCUAUGUUCAACGGAGCAUGGGCUAUUAUCUUGUCAAUUAAAUUCUUGCUGGCUUUGGGAAUCAAAUAUGAGACAGUGGGUACCCAAAGCAAUACCUAUAGAUGGGCCAUUCGUAUCCCUGUGCUAUGACAACGAAUCCCACCGAGCCUUAAUAACAUCCCGAGCAAGUGGUAACAGUCGAUCAAAACUAACAUUAUUCAAAUUAAAAGCCAAUAACAGCGGUGAGAUUAUGUUUGAUUUAGAACAAACAUUCGUUGGUUCAGCCCGAUCGACUUUAAUGUCCCGGGGAACAUUUGUCAGGACUCCGGGAUCAAUCUGGGCAGCUGCACAUAGUGAGAGUGACUCGGCUCUCAAUUUGCAUGGUCUCGAUGGAGCUCGAACAAUGACUUUACCAGCAGUCGAACCAGCAUUAGAUAUAUGUACAGCUCAAGUUAACGGUGAUACAAUAGUUGCAGCUCUAUCGGAGUCAAGAUUAAGAUUGUAUAAAGCUGUAGCAACCAGUUCUUGA